UCAGUGAACAAUCUUGCGGUCAAUCAAGACCGCACAUCCUCGUCAUAGCAUCCUCUGAUUACAAUAAAUAACGAAGAAACGAGGAAAAAAGUUUGCUAUACACUAUUUGUAUCCUAACUUGUCGUGCGAGCAAUUUUAGUUUAAUUGCAUUGUGCGUUCGAUACGCAUUAAAAACUUAAUCAUGAAACUUUUCGCGAUUGUAUGCGCUUUAUUGGUUUGUAUUUACACCAGUGAAGCCAUGUGGCGUGAAGAAUCGAUAUCUCACGAGGCAACAGAAAUAGAUUGUGCAGGAAGAAGAUCAGAACUAGCUGAAAAUAUGCUAGAGGUGAUGUGUAAACCAAGACCUACUUUGGUACCUUUAACACCUCAAUUGGGCUACGUAUUCCAUCCAAAUUACGUUUCCGUAAAUAGAUGCAGCGGUUACUGUCCAAACAUGUCUUGCAUGCCGACCAGAUAUGGGACGAAAAACGUCACUGUUAAACAAAUGGCAAAAUAUGUCUCUGAAUUGCAAUGUUAUCACGUAGUAGUAGAACAGCACAUCAAAUGCAAAUGUAAAUGCAUGGUGAAAGAAAGUGAUUGCAACAGACGUCAGGAAUAUGAUGAAAAAUAAUUGUGAGUGCGUAUGACGUAAGAAAAGAUAAAUGCAAAGGAAACAUGUCCUGGGAUGAAAAAUCAUGUGAGUGCAUGUGCAAUAAACAGGACAGA